GCCCACUCAGGAACACGCCGUGAAUGGCGAUAGCUGCUCUUCUUCUUCUUCUGCUUUGCGUUUUGCGUCUUUUGUGUUGUUUUAAACUUCCGCGAGUUGUCCGGUGUGCUGUGAGUGUGUGUGCAGUGAUUCCUGCGACCGGAAACAAGCGUUUGUGGAGAGCACACUGACCGCAGAUCAGCUCCUGAUGAGAGAGAAAGAGAAACGACAAAAGACACACACACACACACACACGCACUGCUGCUGUUCUGCACAUGAAGACGUGUCAAUAGAGUCCCUCUGAUACACACACACACACACACACACACACACACACACACACACAUGAGUGAGUGUGUCGCCGGAGCGGAGAUGAGGAGUCUUCCGUGUGUGUGAUGAAAACACUGGACGUCCACCUCUCUGUGUGUGUGUUAGUAUGUAAAGUCUGCUAGUUUUCCUCCGUCCUGCAUCAUCAUGAGCGGCGGUGGCGGUGGCGGGGAGCGCUCCUCCAGAUUAUCGUCAUGUUCCCGUCCGGAGCGUGUGUGUCUGUCCCGCAGCGAGAGCUCGCCCGGAGAGCCUGUGCUGAAGAUCACCAUCACUGAAACCACCGUGAUCGAAGCCGACGCUGGGAUCUGGAGCUCCAGAGCGCUCACACACCUCACACUCUGGUACUUCUUCAGCUUCUGCACACUCUUCCUCAACAAAUACAUCCUCUCACUGCUGGAGGGAGAGCCCAGCAUGCUGGGAGCCGUCCAGAUGCUGUCCACCACGGUGAUCGGCUGUGUGCAGAUGUUUGUGCCGUGUCCACUGUACCAGCAUAAAUCCCGCUCCGAAUAUCCCUCCAACUUCAUCAUGAUCAUGCUGUUUGUAGGACUCAUGAGGUUCACUACAGUGGUGCUGGGCUUGGUCAGCCUGAAGAAUGUGGCCGUCUCCUUCGCUGAGACGGUGAAGAGCUCGGCGCCCAUAUUCACUGUCAUCAUGUCCCGCCUCAUACUGGGAGAAUACACUGGGUUCUGGGUGAAUAUGUCUCUGGUGCCGGUGAUGGCGGGUCUGGCGCUCUGCACAGCCACUGAGAUCAGCUUCAACAUGCUGGGCUUCUCUGCUGCGCUCUCCACCAACAUCAUGGACUGUCUGCAGAAUGUGUUCUCCAAGAAGCUGCUGAGUGGAGACAAGUAUAAGUUCAGUCCUCCAGAGCUUCAGUUUUACACCAGCGCGUUUGCAGUCAUCAUGCUCAUACCGGCCUGGAUCUUCCUGAUGGACUUUCCAGGCAUUGGGAAGAGUGAACGCUCCUUCAGACUGUCUCAGGACAUCGUGGUGCUGCUGCUGCUGGAUGGGGCUCUGUUCCACUUGCAGAGUGUCACUGCAUACGCCCUCAUGGGUCGCAUCUCACCCGUCACAUUUAGCGUGGCGAGCACAGUGAAGCAUGCGCUGUCCAUCUGGCUGAGCAUCAUUGUGUUCAGUAACCCCAUCACAGUGGUCUCCGCCAUCGGGACACUCAUGGUGUUUGUGGGAGUUCUGCUUUACAACAAGGCCAAACAGUUCCAGAGAGAUGCUCUGGUCCAGCAUGCUCUCGACCAAUCAACAGAAGCCGAGCAGAAACCCAUGAUCCAGAACGGUGACGUCACGUCCACCAAACUAACCUAACACACGGGCUCCACACGGACACUGGCUCUGCACAAUAAAAGCUCGUGAGUUUCUAUAUCAGGUUUCACAGAGGGGCUUUGCCUUAUCAAAAACUGUCACAAUAACUGUGGUUCCGGGACCUCAUCAUUGCUAAACGUCUAAUAUUGACUUGUGCUGGUUUUGAGGGAACCAACAGAGUCAAACUCCUGAACAAGCAUUGAAAUACAAUGUGGUGUUUCACUGUCUGAGGGCUUUAUCUUGAGGACGGUGUGUAGUUUGAGUGAAUGACGGACUCUUACCAGCAAAUAUUCACCUCAUAUUUGACCACUCAAUCAAAAGGAAUGUUUUCAUUAGCGCCGAUUAAUCGUGACUAAUCGCAUACAAAAUAAAUGUUGGUUUAUAUGUGUGUGUGUUUAUAUACGUGCAUAAAUGUAUAUACUUUCAAAAUACUUGUAUAUAUAUAUAUUCAUAUGUA